GUGUCCAGGCCUUUGGUCGCGGCGCGUUUGCCGAGGCAGUCGCGACAUUCACCCGGGCUUACGACUUGCUGAAGGAGGCGCCGAUUCCCAAGGGCGAGGACGCCGAAGUGGCAAGGAGUGCCCGCAAGCGUGAACUGGCGUUGACGCGCCUCAACCGGGCAAAGGCCCGGCUGGGAGCUGGCGAAUUCGCCGAGGCGGAGAAGGACGCCAUCGAAUCUUCUGAAAUCGACCCGACCUACAGCAAGGCAAAGACAAUCCUCGCGGAGGUCUACACGAAGCAAGGGCGGCUGAAAGAAGCGGAGGCGGCCCUGGCUUCGGUGGACAAGCCAGGCCCGGGCCCGCCAGAGCUUCCCCGCCUUGGGACGCUCCUCCGUGACGCCGCCUGGCGUGGCCUGGGAGCCUAUGCUCUUCUUUUGUUGUUCCUGCUACUCGUCAUCACGCUGCAUCGACGGGCUGCGCUCAGCGCUCUCUUAGGCGACACCACGCCAUUGGAGGAAGAAAACUUGGCCAACGUGCUGAGAUACAGCGCCGGCUACGGCCUUGGCAGCUUCCACGCGCGGCUCCGCGCAGAACACGCAGAGGACGUGUCCAAAACGACGGUCUGGAAAAUCACCAGCGCGCAGGAAACCGAGUUCAUCAGCCAGGCCUUUGGGAAGCAGGCUGCCCAAGAUGGCGGCCGCCUGAUGCUUUUGUACUGGGGAAAGCUUCCCCAGAAGCAUGGCAAGGGCGAACACUCCUCCAAGCCCAAGUGGAUCGGGCUCCUGGCGCUCCUGCCGAAGAAGCUGAACCCUGCGAUCUUCGACCGGCGCCUGGCGCACCAGGCCACGCAUGGGCGCCUCAUCCGCUUGGGCCACACUGGAAGGUCCUGGCUCCAGAAACAAACGCAGCUUGGGUCUGCAGAUGAAGGGGGACUACUGCCUUUGGCCUUCCACAUCCAUGGGACGGUGGCGGACAAUGAGCAGAUUCGCCACGAGUUCCUGCGCUCGCGCCUCGGACUGGUGGCAGUGGCUGCCAUGGCCUUUGCCCUGUGUCGAAGCAUCGUGGUGGCCAUCCGAACUUUGCGCGACUUCAAUAGACAUCCUGCUAUGGACGAGCUGUCCGUCGGCGAUGGCAAGUUUACUCGGCUCAUUGAGAAGGAGCUCAAUGAGGACGUGCCUCAAAUGCAGCCGCGCAUCUUAGACAACGGCCAGGUCAUCAUUACGCUGAGCUGGCUGAUAUAUCUUCCCGGAAACGGCACCUUCUUUUCCAGGCUGUUUCAGCCCCUGCUGAUGCUGACCGGGCUGCUUGGAACGGCGGGAGGCCCCUCAGGGCCCCCGGGCGCCACCACGGUUCUGCGGCGCAUUGCGGGCGUCUUUCGGCAGCUGCCAAACUGGUUUCGGCUACUGGGCCGGAGCCUUCCAGGCUCAGUCCAGGUGUCCCCGCUCUGGGAAUGCCAGCUGGGCCUGCGCAAGGAGCCACAGGCCUCUCCUCCUCAUGGGCAAGUGAUUCUCUGGGAUGAAGCUCGAGGGCACUUCGCCGAUGUUAUGGGAGAUAUCGAGGCUAUGGAAACCCUCGCAAAAGAGAUCGGCACCCGCCAGGGGGUUGCAACCAGGGUCAUCACGUCCUCCGCCAUCGCGGAGAUCGGCGGCGCCAUGCCGGCGAUGGCCGAAAGCAGCAUUGACCCCCGCUGCAUGUCCUUGGACCGGUGCUAUGAGGCGCUCCAGCUGUCCAGAGAGGAGCUGAAGCAGAAGCCCAAAGAGGAAGCCAAGGAGAUGUUGGCCCGCGCUUUCCGACUAAGAGUCGUUGAGGAUCCCAACAUCGAGAAGCGCAAGGUCGAGGAGCUAGCGCUUGCCCUCGACCUGCUUAUGAGGAGACUGUGCCUCAGCUUGGAGAUGUGA